GGCGGCAAACGCAGCACUUUCCGCGGCUUUGACCAGCCCGCAGCGGCCCAGCCGGAGCGCUGAGCCGGGCUAAGACUGCGCCAUGCAGGAAGCGCCAGCCGCGCUCCCCACGGAGCCAGGCCCCAACCCCGUGCCUGCCUUCCUCGGCAAGCUAUGGGCGCUGGUGGGCGACCCAGGCACCGACCACCUGAUCCGCUGGAGCCCGAGCGGGACCAGUUUCCUCGUCAGCGACCAGAGCCGCUUCGCCAAGGAAGUGCUGCCCCAGUAUUUCAAGCACAGCAACAUGGCGAGCUUUGUGCGCCAACUCAACAUGUACGGUUUUCGGAAGGUGGUGAGCAUAGAGCAGGGAGGCCUGCUCAGGCCGGAACGCGACCACGUCGAGUUCCAGCACCCGAGCUUCGUGCGCGGCCGGGAGCAGCUGCUGGAGCGCGUGCGGCGCAAGGCAGAACGAGAUUUUGGGGCGGGAGGUGGUGACACUGAGACAGAGCCACAGUCAGCAGCACAGAGUCAUUGGCAAGCUUAUCCAGUGCCUCUUUGGGCCACUCCAGGCGGGGCCCAGCAGUGCAGGGGCCAAGCGGAAGCUGUCCCUGAUGCUGGAUGAGGGGAGCUCAUGCCCAACACCAGCCAAAUUCAACGCCUGCCCACUACCUGGCGCCCUCCUGCAGGACCCUUACUUCAUCCAGUCGCCCCUUCCAGAGACAGCCUUGGGCCUCAGCCCUCACAGGGCCAGGGGCCCCAUCAUCUCUGAUGUUCCAGAAGACCCUCCAUCCCCUGAAGGAACCAGGCUUUCUCCCUCUGGUGGUGGCAGGAGGGAGAAGGGCCUGGCACUGCUCAAAGAAGAGCCGGCCAGUCCAGGGGGGGAUGGCGAGGCCGGGCUGGCCCUGGCCCCAAACGAGUGUGACUUCUGCGUGACAGCCCCCCCACCGCUGCCUGUGGCUGUGGUGCAGGCCAUCCUGGAAGGGAAAGGGAGCUUCAGCCCUGAGGGGCCCAGGAAUGUCCAACAGCCUGAACCAAGGGGUCCCAGGGAGGUACCUGACAGGGGGCCUCUAGGCCUGGAGAGAGGGGAUCGGAGCCCAGAGACUCUGCUGCCUCAGAUGCUGCUUCGGCCCCCUCCUGAAAGUGUGGAGCCUGCAGGGCCCCUGGAUGUGCUGGGCCCCAGCCUCCAAGGGCGAGAAUGGACCCUGAUGGACUUGGACAUGGAGCUGUCCCUGAUGCAGCCCUUGGUUCCAGAGAGGGGAGAGGCUGAGCUGGCAGUCAAGGGGUUAAAUUCUCCAGUCCCAGCUGGAGCUCAGGAGGGAGGUCCUGGUUGGGGAGAGCCCAGGCUGACGUUUAGCGAUGGAAGGAGGAGCCUAAGGGACCAGACAGAAGCCGACAGAAGCGGCAGCUGUGGCCAGAGAGGCAGGAGGACGAGGAGUUCCGUGAGUGCCCCGGAGUUCAGUGCUGCGGAGCUGUCUGGUCGCUGGGGUCGAGCUCCGACCAUGGGCAACGCGCAGGAGCGGCCAUCCGAAACGAUCGACCGCGAGCGGAAACGCCUGGUAGAGACGCUGCAAGCAGACUCCGGGCUGCUGCUGGACGCGCUGCUGGCGCGGGGCGUGCUCACCGGACCCGAGUACGAGGCGUUGGAUGCACUGCCUGAUGCCGAGCGCAGGGUGCGCCGCCUGCUCCUGCUAGUGCAGGCCAAGGGCGAGGCUGCCUGCCAGGAGCUGCUGCGCUGUGCCCAGAAUACCGCGCGCGCGCCAGACCCGGCCUGGGACUGGCAGCACGUGGGUCCUGGUUACAGGGACCGCAGCUACGACCCUCCCUGUCCCGGUCACUGGACGCCAGAGGCACCCAGCUCAGGAACCACAUGCCCUGGGCUGCCCAGAGCUUCAGAUCACGAGGAGGCCCGGUGUCCUGAGGGGUCCGAGGCGAUGCAAUCUGGGACCCCAGAGGAACCAGAGCCAGAGCCGGAGGCUGAGGCCUCUGAAGGGGUUGAGCCUGAGCUGGAACCAGAGCCGGAGGCAGAACCAGAAGCUGACCUGGAGCCAGAGCCUGACCCGGAGCCCGAGCCUGACCCAGAGUCGGAGCCCGACUAUGAGGCUGGGGAUGAGGUCGAAGAUUCUUGAAGACCAGGACACUGACUGGCGGUUUCUGAACCAAGCCGGACAGGACCUGGAAUCCAGCCUGCGGAUGUCACCAAGCCCCCACCCCUGCCAGCUGCUAUUGAUGGAAGUGAAUAAACUCCACAGGGUCGCC